AUCAAUUAAAAUGUCCAAGGCGGCAGGCAAACUGAAAUCCCUGAAGAAGACAGUGGAGCGAGUGACACACACGAGCAAACUGAGAACGAAUAUACCCGCAGGAAUGGCAGCCGCAGGUCCCCCCUUGGGUCCCAUGUUGGGACAGCGCGCCAUUAAUAUAGCUGCCUUUUGCAAGGACUUCAACGCCAAGACAGCGGAAAUGAAGGAGGGCGUGCCUCUGCCCUGCAGGAUUUCCGUGAACAGCGAUCGCAGCUACGACCUGGUCAUACAUCAUCCACCGGCCACCUUUUUCCUGAAACAAGCGGCUGGCCUGCAGAGGGGCACUAUGACGCCUGGCAAGGAGGUGGCCGGCAUGAUCACGCUGAAGCAUUUGUACGAAAUAGCCGCCAUCAAGAUUCAGGAUCCGCCAAAUGCCCUGCUCACUAUGGAGCAAAUGUGCGUGAUGCUAAUUAGCAUUGCCCGGACCUGUGGCAUCAAGGUGGUCAGAGACAUCGAUCCGGCGGCCUAUGGCGAGUUUCUGGAGGAGCGAAAACUUAUUGUGGAGCAGCAGAGACGCGAGUUGCGAAAGAGAGAGGCCAAAAUGUUACGCACGGGUUAAGUUUACUAAGAGCUUUGUUUUUAUUUCUUAAAAAUAUACUUAAAAAGAAGA